CGAAGUGUCCAGCUGGAGCUGUGACGUAACACUGGUGACGUCACUGCGCGCCUGUCAGCUGCGCACACAACACAGAAGUGAGCAUUAUUAGGACGGCUUGUCGUCGCCAUGGCGUUUAACAGAAACCACUCUCAAAACGGCGGGGUUUUAAUCACCAACGGGGAAAGUGUUCUAAGGGAAUGUAAGAACGUGGAGCUGUCCUUCAGUGAUGUCACCUGUAAGACGGACCUGCUGAAGGGCACCAAGAAGGGGAGCGUGUACCUGACAGCAUACAGGAUGGUGUUUGUGUCCAGCAACACAAAGGACUGCCUGGGCUCGGCCAUGUUCCCCUACUAUCUGAUGAAGGACUGCAGCAUCGAGCAACCCGUCUUUGCUGCCAACUACAUUAAAGGGACAGUGUCCGCCGAGCCCAACGGUGGCUGGGAGGGCCAGGCACAUUUCAAGAUGUCCUUCCCGAGCGGAGGCGCCAUCGACGUGGGCCAACAUCUCUUCAAACUGGCCACAAACGCUUCCCGUGGGACUCCCGCCCACAACGGUGCGCCUUCGCAUCACGGCUACCCCUCACCUGGAAUGACCAACGGCUACGCACCGCCUCCACCUGCUCCGCCAGGCUAUCCGUAUGCUCCGCCUCCCCAGCAAAAUGGCUACUACCCAGCGCCUCCUGCUCCUCCUGCUGCUGGCAACAUGGGCUACGCUUACCCAACAGCAGCCACAGGAAUGUACUCACCAGGGUAUGACUACAUGGCACCCCCUCCUCCGUAUCCCGGACCCCCUCAAAACUGGGUACCACCCCCUCAGAACUGGACAGCGCCGGCACCUCCAGGCCCAGGUAACGCCAAGGCAGCGGAGGCAGCCAGCAGUGCGUACUACAAUCCCAGCAACCCCCACAACGUCUACAUGCCCACGGAGCGGCCUCCUGCGUACGCACCGUAUCCAAACACUCCCGACAAGAAAAACAACUAACUAUCCUCCUUUACCUUCUGACGGAACCCUGAUGGCGAUAUACAAUACCAUACACGUUUUGCUUCAAAAUACGCUUUUCUCUUUCAUGCAACCUUUUUUCGACAUGCCAAAACCACCCGGACUGUUUUUUUAAAAAAAUAUAUACAUCAUUUCCUGGCAUGUAAAGAGAGCAGGAAGGACGAGGAAUGUAUUUUUAUUACCAAACUGAUUGAAGUUAUUGUAGUUAUUAACCAAAAACAAUUAGGACCAAUAUUUUUGCAGUAACAUUUCCUACACAGUUUUUGAAUUAAGUGAGCGUGUUAAUCAUCUUCCCUCAGUAAUCCCAACCCAAAGUAUUGAUUGAAGUGUAGAGGUGUGCAAUAUUCCUACUUGGCAUCAGGCCUGCUAUUGUAUUGAUGUAUGCAAAGGCCCAGUGAAACCGGAACACACGUCUCCUUGUAACCAAGCCCGUGUGAAGUUACCGUUCACCUAAUCCUUUAUUUUUACUCCAGCACAUCAAUUAACACAUACUUACUGCCCUUUGCACACUUUUAGUAGGGACUCAUCUUUGCUUUCAAUGUACAUGUAAUAAUAACUCUUUGUUUCUUGACUUCAAUCUAAUAAAUGUGUCGUUUAUUAAGUAGA